GUGCGUUGGUUUAACAGCAAAGCCAGAUCCUCUUCUCAGCACACGAUGCAAGAAGGUGCUUAAAAUGGAUUUCCGCUUUUCUUUUCCCUUGCCAUGCAUGCUGGUGAUUCUGACCAUUACUGAUGGUGUGACUUGUAUGGACCUCAAACAGCUUUUUGGCGACGCUGGUGCCAAUGUUUCUUUUCCUUUGGAAAUUAAAAAUCGAAGUGGCAUCCUAGUAAUGAAAGAAACGAACUGUUCUAAGCCGGAGAAUUUUACGAUGGACUGUUGCAAUGAGUGUGACAAAAGGCUGUGCUUGAGGAACGGGAUUGUAGAGAUGACGAAUUUAUCAGAAAACGAUGAGGGGAAAUAUACAUUUGCUUUUGGAAAUGACAGCGAAAUUUUCUUGCUCAAAGUGUGUGAGAAGCCUCCAGCUGUUUAUAUCAAUUGUCUACCUGAUGGAAGAGCAAAUUUGUCCUGUGAAGCAGAUGGUCAAUUCAAUGAUGGAGUUUACUGGACUCGGAAUGGGAGAAUAAUACAUGAUGUUGAUGCUUGUGUGAAAGAUGGUGGCAAGAGCAUUAUUUUGGGGAAAGGGGUACAGGGAAAGCUUGCUUGCCAUAGAAGAAACUCUUGCAGCAGUGCCUCCAUUGAGCUGUCAUGUAAUGGUGGUAAUGAUCGAGAUCUGCUGCAGCACCCGCACUUCCUGUAUAUUAUGGUAGCGUGUGGAGGGGGUGCUCUCCUUCUGGCCAUUAUUGCCUCACUGAUCACAUGCUGCUGCAUGAAAAGCAAGCAUCAUUUCACUCCAGUGCCUGCGGAAGAUGAAAAGGAUGAGGGGAUAACCCUGUCUGCCAUUUCCAGUGAAGAACCAAAGAGUCCUCCUAAUGGAGACCCCUGUGAAACCACAGAUGCCCUUGUUGCCAGUACCCCCAAUCCUGGUCCUGAGACCUGUGAGAGUUUUAAACCAGAGCACAAGACAGAUCCAAAUCCUACAGUUCAACCUAAGCUGGCACUGGAGACUAAAACAGAGGAAGAUGUUGAAACAGCAUUUCGAGAAGUCAUGGUUGAUACUGAAGCCCUGGAAACGGUGGAUGAUUGUUUCCCUGAUCCUAUUGAUGCUUGAUCAGAUGUGUUCCCUUUAACCCUUCCUACAGUCUAGGGAAUUGGUGUUUCUUCAUUCCAUGAUGUUAUCUCCAUAAUAAUAGUGUCUUUUAAAAAAACACCUGCCUACAGUUAGCCAAAUCUACAAACCCACCUAAAAAUAGUCCUCAUGGGCCAAUGUGGUAUCCUUGCUCCAUGUAGCAAUUAGAUUUCAAAUUAAAUAUGACAGAUCUAUGUGCAAGACCUUUAACCUUCAAACAAUCUGAUUACUUUUUCUUGUUUAUAUGACAAUUUUCAGGCUUCUCAAAACCCCAAUAUUUUUGGUUCUAUCAAGGCACAGACACACAACAGGCAAAAUACCACACAGGAGUCCCAAAGUACAUAUUUUCUACUGGAAUGGGGCCAGAAAUUCCCUAAAAGUUCCAGAAAAAGUGUUGAGUUCUGUACUGGGAUGUUUGGAAUUAUAUCACAGUAGCUUUCGCAGAUUCUUGUGGUCAAAAACAGUCCUAUUCAUUACGCUGGCUGUUUAUAUGAACUGAUGUUGGCUCAUGGAUUUCAGGGACCCUCAAGGAGGGUAUCUACAGAAUUCCUUUACCUGGAAGAGGUGAGGCACGAAAACAGAGAAUGUGGAAAGUGAGGUCAGUGGCACUGUUUGGACAGUGGACCCUUUGUCAGUUUACAGGCCCAAAGAGAUGCCCAACCUCAUCCCCUUCUGGAGCAAGUUCUGACACUCCGAGCUUCCAUUUCUAAAUAUUUUUUGUUCCAUCCAGCUACCUUUUAGCAGAAAGUAGGGAUCCCUGUGCCCACUGCUGUAUGCCCCUUUG